AUGCCGACACCACCGCAAUCCUUGUCGUUGCUCCUGCUCCUCCUUGCUCUUCCUCUCCUUAUCUUCUGCUUCCCGGCCGAAGCCGAGUCGCCACCGUCGCCCCCCUCCUCCUCUGCCUCCGCCGCCUGCAAGUCCACCCUCUACCCCAAGCUCUGCCGUUCUAUUCUCUCCGCCAUCAGAUCCUCCCCCUCCGACCCUUACAACUACGGCAAGUUCUCCAUCAAGCAAUGCCUCAAAAAGGCGCGCAAGCUCUCCAAAGCCCUUGAUCAUUUCCUCCACCACACCAAACUCUCCUCCUCCAUGACCGACGCCGAGGCCAACGCUUUCGACGAUUGCCAGCAGCUAUCGGAGCUGAACGUCGACUACUUGGAGGCCAUCUCGACGGAGCUCAAGUCGGCAGAGCUGCUCAACGAGGAGCUGGUGGACAAGGUGCAGACGCUGCUGAGUGGGAUAGUGACAAACCAGCAGACCUGCUACGAUGGGCUGGUUGUGGCCAAGAGCAGCAUCGUCAACUCCAGCACGAGUCCCUUGUCGGUGGCCUUCUCCAAUGCCACGCAGCUCUACAGCGUGUCGCUUGGACUGGUCACUCAUUCUUUGGCUCGAAACCUCAAGAAGAAGCAUAAGAAACGAAACGGCUCUUCUGUCUCCCAGGGUCACAAAAUCCGCGAGCCACUUGAGACUUUCAUCGAGGGUCUGAGAAAGAGUUCUUCCAAACACUCGAGAGAUGAGAGAAUUCUGGACGAAAUGGAGAGCAGUGGCAUUAUAGUGAAUGACGCUGUCAUUGUCAGUCCACAUGGUGACGACAACUUCACUUCCAUUGGAGCUGCCAUCGAUUCUGCACCUAAUAAUACAAACCCAGAAGACGGUUAUUUCGUAAUCUACGCUAGAAAAGGUCACUAUAAGGAAUAUGUUGUCGUCCCCAAGUACAAGAAGAACAUAAUGCUGCUCGGAGAUGGUAUUAACAAGACUAUCAUAACUGGAAAACACAAUUUCGUCGAUGGCUGGACUACUUUCAAUUCCUCAACCUUUGCUGUUUCGGGAGAGCGAUUUGUGGCCAUAGAUGUUACCUUCAAGAACACAGCUGGUCCAGAAAAGCACCAAGCAGUGGCCGUAAGAAACAAUGCAGACUUCUCCACAUUUUACAGAUGCAGUUUUGAAGGGUACCAAGACACUCUAUAUGCACAUUCUCUAAGGCAAUUCUACAAAGAAUGUGACAUAUACGGAACCGUGGACUUCAUCUUCGGCAAUGCUGCUGCUGUCUUCCAGAGUUGCAACUUGUACGCCCGAAAGCCCAUGCCGAACCAGAAAAACGCAUUCACAGCACAGGGACGAACUGACCCGAACCAAAACACGGGAAUCUCAAUCCACAACUGCACUAUUGAAGCUGCACCAGACUUGGCAAUGGACUUGAACUCAACCCUAAAUUUUUUGGGAAGGCCUUGGAAGGUGUACUCUAGGACUGUGAUCAUGCAGUCUUAUAUUGGCCCUCUGAUUAGUUCUGUUGGGUGGUUGGAAUGGAAUGGGACUGUUGGAUUGGACACACUAUAUUAUGGUGAGUUUGAGAAU